CCAGGAGUGUUCCAGUAAACCACAGGAUGGUGUCACUUCUGCCUUGGCUUUACAUUAUUCUAUGGCUAGAAAAUGCCCAGGCAACUCUAGAAGAUGAAGGCAAUUUCUACUCGGAAAAUGUCAGUCGAAUCUUGGACAACUUGCUUGAAGGCUAUGACAAUCGACUGCGGCCAGGGUUUGGAGGUGCUGUGACUGAAGUCAAAACAGAUAUUUAUGUGACCAGUUUUGGGCCUGUGUCAGAUGUGGAGAUGGAGUAUACGAUGGAUGUUUUCUUCCGUCAGACUUGGACUGAUGAAAGAUUGAAGUUUGUGGGGCCAACUGAGAUCCUGAGUUUAAAUAACCUGAUGGUCAGUAAAAUCUGGACACCUGACACUUUUUUCAGAAAUGGGAAAAAGUCAAUUGCUCACAACAUGACAACUCCUAAUAAACUCUUCAGGAUAAUGCAGAAUGGAACAAUUCUGUACACCAUGAGGCUUACCAUCAAUGCUGACUGUCCCAUGAGACUGGUCAACUUUCCUAUGGAUGGACAUGCUUGUCCACUCAAGUUUGGGAGUUAUGCUUACCCUAAAAGUGAAAUCAUAUAUACGUGGAAAAAAGGACCACUUUACUCAGUAGAGGUCCCCGAAGAAUCUUCCAGCCUCCUCCAGUAUGAUCUGAUUGGCCAGACAGUAUCUAGUGAGACAAUUAAAUCUAACACAGGUGAAUACGUGAUAAUGACAGUUCACUUCCACUUGCAGAGGAAGAUGGGCUACUUCAUGAUCCAGAUAUACACCCCUUGCAUCAUGACAGUCAUUCUUUCUCAGGUGUCCUUCUGGAUUAAUAAGGAGUCAGUCCCAGCAAGAACUGUCUUUGGCAUCACCACUGUUUUAACCAUGACCACCUUAAGCAUCAGUGCCCGGCACUCCUUGCCCAAGGUGUCCUAUGCAACUGCCAUGGAUUGGUUCAUAGCCGUGUGCUUUGCUUUCGUCUUUUCUGCUCUCAUUGAGUUUGCAGCCGUCAACUACUUCACCAACCUUCAGACACAGAGAGCCAAGAGGAAGGCGCAGAUUGCAGCCACAUCCCCAGUGACAACAGCAAAGGCGACUGAACCCUUGGAAGCAGAGAUUGUCGUGCGUUCUGAUUCCAAGUACCACCUGAAGAAAAGGAUCACCUCCUUGACCCUGCCAAUCAUCCCAGCCCCUGAGACCAGCAAAGUUCUCCCAGCAGCACCCAACCUACAGUCAACACCUGUCACACCCCCACCACUCUUGCCAGCCUUUGGGGGCACCAGUAAAAUAGACCAGUAUUCUCGAAUCCUCUUCCCAGUUGCAUUUGCAGGAUUCAACCUUGUGUACUGGGUAGUUUAUCUUUCCAAAGACACGAUGGAUGUGAGUAGCAGUGUGGAAUAGCCUGCAGCAGGACGACCUACGCUCUCCACGUUCUCAUUUUCUGAAUUAAAAAAUAGCAUUGAGACUAGUGUAGCUAUAAAAUCAAAAUUGAAGCUCUGUAACGCAUAGCUUUGAGUAAGCAUGUAUGAAACAAAAGGCAGUAAGGCCACUCUUCAAAACUGAGAGAAAAAUUUGCUGAACAAUAUCUGAUUUUUCUGUACAUUAGAGACAAUGUUAUAAGAGGAUAAGAUGGUUUCAAGAGAAAUUUGCCAAUCUUGGCCCAACACAGUUCAAUAUUUUAAACUGUCACUGUGAAUAACAUUUAGAAGGCA